AUGAAGCUAUCCAGCACCCUCCUCAGCUUGGCCAGCCUGGCGUUGGCCACCGCUCUCCCCAAGAACCCAUCCGUCCCCCGCAGCACCAGUUCCUUCUCCAGCACCUCCGGCCUGCAGUUCACCAUCGAUGGCACAACCGGCUACUUCGCCGGAACCAACAGCUACUGGAUUGGCUUCCUGACCGACGACGCCGACGUCGACCUGGUGAUGAGCGAUCUCAAGUCCUCCGGCCUCAAGAUCCUCCGCGUCUGGGGCUUCAACGACGUCACCACCAAACCCUCCGACGGCACCGUCUGGUACCAGCUGCACGAGAACGGCCAAUCGACCAUCAACACUGGAGCCGAUGGCCUGCAGCGUCUGGAUUACGUCGUCAGCUCCGCCGAACAGCAUGACAUCAAACUCAUCAUCAACUUCGUCAACUACUGGACGGACUACGGUGGCAUGUCAGCGUAUGUGAGUGCGUAUGGCGGGUCGACUGAAACGGACUUCUAUAAUAGUACGACCAUGCAGGCGGCGUACCAGAAUUAUAUCAAGGCCGUGGUGUCGAGGUAUAGUAACUCGUCGGCGGUGUUUGCGUGGGAGUUGGCCAAUGAGCCCCGCUGUCAGGGGUGUGAUACCUCGGUGCUGUAUGAUUGGAUUGAGCAGACUAGCAAGUAUAUCAAGUCGUUGGAUUCGGAGCAUUUAGUUUGUAUCGGCGAUGAGGGAUUCGGUCUCGAUACCGACUCGGAUGGCAGUUACCCUUACACAUAUGGCGAGGGAUUGAACUUUACCAAGAACCUAGGCAUUGAGACAAUCGACUUUGCGACCCUUCACCUGUACCCCGAUAGCUGGGGCACUUCGGAUGACUGGGGCAAUGGAUGGAUUACCGCGCACGGAGCGGCCUGCGAGGCCGUGGGCAAACCCUGUCUGUUGGAGGAAUACGGCGUCACCUCGAACCACUGCAGUGUCGAGGCCCCGUGGCAGCAGACGGCCCUGAACACGACGGGAGUCAGUGGAGAUCUGUUCUGGCAAUAUGGCGAUGAUCUGAGCACGGGCGAGUCGCCGAAUGAUGGCAACACGAUCUACUAUGGCACGAGUGAUUAUACAUGCUUGGUGACGGACCAUGUGGCGGCUAUUGAUAAUGCUUGA